CAAGAUGGCGCUCCCCGUGCGGACUAACUUCAGACAGCUCCUCGGAUUGAUUCACAAGUUUAAUUCUCCUAAAAGGUUCCUCUGCGCUGGAGCCGGGACGGAGAGCAAGCCUCCAGGAGGUGGCCGCGUAUUCUCUGGGAUCCAGCCAACUGGAGUGCCCCACCUGGGCAACUACUUGGGUGCCCUAGAGAACUGGGUGGCCCUGCAGAACCAGUAUCCUUCAGUGCUCUACAGCAUUGUGGACCUGCACUCCAUCACCCAGCCUCAGGACCCGGCCCAGCUCCGGAGCAACAUACUGGACAUGGCAGCCAGCCUGCUGGCCUGUGGCAUCGACCCAGAGAGGGCCAUACUCUUCCAGCAGUCUCAGGUGUCGGAGCACGCCGAGCUCUCCUGGAUCCUCAGCUGUCUGACCAGCAUGCCCCGCCUCCGACACCUGCCGCAGUGGAAGAUGAAGAGCAAACAUAAGAAUGAAGGCAGCGUUGGUCUCUACACAUAUCCUGUCCUCCAGGCUGCCGAUAUUCUCCUCUACAAGUCCACUCACGUCCCCGUCGGAGAGGAUCAGGUCCAGCAUUUAGAGCUGGCUCAGGAUCUCGCUCGCAUCUUCAACAACAGCUACGGAGACCUGUUCCCUGAGCCCGGCGCCCUGCUCAGCUCUACACGAAAGGUCAAAUCCUUGCGUGACCCUUCCGCCAAAAUGUCCAAAUCCGACCCCCAGUCCAUGGCGACGAUUGCCAUCACAGACUCUCCUGAUGACAUCGCCCUCAAGGUUCGCCGAGCUGUCACCGAUUUCACCUCUGAGGUCACCUUUGACCCAGAGACACGGCCAGGUGUGUCCAACCUGGUGACGAUCCACGCCGCCAUGGCGAGGAUCAGCGUGGAGGAGGCGGUGUCCCUGGCCAGAGGGUCGGACACAGGCGCCUAUAAGAAGCUCGUAACCGAGGCUGUGAUCCAGAGGUUGACGCCCAUCAGAGAGGAGAUCGAAAGGCUGAGGUCGGACCCUGCUCACCUGGAGGGAGUGCUGGCCCAGGGGACCCGCAGGGCUCGGGAACUGGCUGCACCGGUCCUCAGAGAGGUCCGACAGCUAGUGGGAUUCUGCAGCUAGGCAGCUAGGCUGGAGAAUAAAGCCACAUUUAUACUGAAGGCCUCGCUCAGCACUGAACUGCUGCGGAUAUCAGAUUUUAUUCCAAAGACGAAGAGGAUGUAACUCAUUAGAUAACAUAAUGUGUUGAAAAGCAGUGUGGAAAAGACUCAACUGCAGAAGAUGGACUACCAACUGAUUGGCCCUUUUGUUAUUCUAUGUUUGUCUCAUUGAAGUGAAUGAGGGUGCAGUGGUAAUGUUGGUCUGUGCCCUCAUUUGAAAGACUUUGCAGCUUAUUUAUCUGCCUUUGAGUUUUUGCUGUAUGUGUGUCCCCAUAUACCACACAAACUAUAUUUUUGAUAUUAUUUCCAAUAUUUUUGUCUUCUUGAGCUCUGCCACCGAAAUAAUGAAAAACACCUAUUUAAGAGGUAACUUGUUAUACUAUACUGGUUUGGUUGUGUUCAAAUGCAAAUUGAAUUUAGGUCACAGGUGCUGCGAUCUGGUGUUGUAGAACAUGUCAAUGGUUUGUGUUUACACUGCAAUCAGAUGUUUGUACAUGGAUAUUGGAAUCAGAUUGGAUUUAUAAAAACGGUACUAACACAGACCAAAACACAACAACAUAAAAACACAGAUUUUUGCCAAUAAGAUUCAAACCAGAUUCAUUGGCGGUUUGACAUCUGAUUCAAACAUUGUUUUCCAACGUUCCCCCGAGUGUGACCGCUCAAACACAAUGCAGUUCAUCAAACACUUACAAAGCCAAAAAACAUGGAAGAAAGAGAGAACCGUGAAAAUACAAAUAAAAGUAUAACUUCAAGAAAAUACAACCUGACAUCUAUAACAUGCAGUGGUUUACAAACUGGGGUCCAGGGACUCUGGGACCAACAGGAUUCCUUGAGUGGGUUGUAGGGGGUCCCCAGCAAAAGGAGGAAUACAAUAUCUUAACUUUUAUCACAUUUUUUUGGGAAGUUGGAGCAACAAGGGACUUUCGUGGUCCAGUGUGCAUCUAUUGUGGGCACCUUGAAAGUUUGCAUAAACAAACAAAGGUCAGGCCACAGUUAAAAAGCUAGAAAGAACAAAUGAAUUAUGGGACGUGUGAGCAAUGAACUGAGAGAGAUAACUUAAACGGUUCUCUGGUGCAACAAUUGACAGUGGAGAUCACAGAUAAUAAAUAAUGGCUGUAAUAAUAGCUCAUACAUAGCAGUGAACAUUUGAUCUUCAACACAAACAAAGGUAAGUUGCUCCUGAUUGUACUGAACAUACUGCGCAGCAUCAGCUUUUCCACAACUUUAAUGACCAAUAUAGUUUAUUCUUUAUUGAUUGCUCUUUUUAUACUGUGCAGUACGACACUGUUUACCACACUCAGUGGUGAAAGAGAAGAACUGAUGUAUUAUGGCCUCAGCAACAGAAUAAUUGUCCCAUCCACUGAUCUUCAGCCUGCUGCAGGGAAACAGGCUCCGCUCCGCAGCUUCAGCACGCACUGUCACACAUCACGAGGAGUCGAGAUGUAAAAGACUUAAAAUGAGCACUGAUAUUAAGGUGACAGAACUGUUUGUGUGUGUGUGUGUGUGUUUGGGUAUAGUCAACUGGAAUUCUGCUUGUUACUGUUGUCUGCUUAUUUUACUGUUUUUUGUCUGAGUAUUUAAAUUAAAAGAAAUAAGGCUUCAUGUUUUUGUAAAAUCAGAUUUGCAGCUCAGCAGUUUUUCAUGCAUAUUUUGAGUGACCAUAAAGUGAUAUGUGCGCACUAAUGCACGACCUUACAUUUAAUGAAUCAGCACACAGUACAUUUUCAAACUUUCUUAGUUUUCUACUUUAGUUUUCUCUUCCUUCUUCAAGUCUUGACUCUUUCUCAUCCUUCAUUUGUUUUUCUCUCUCCCUUUUCUUUCCUUCUUUUUUCUUUCUAGUCUUCCCUUCUUAGUUUUUUUUUUUUUUACCACCCCCCUUCCUCUCCCUCUCAUCCCUUAAUCCUUUCACUCUUCCCACAGCUCCUCAUCCUCCUGCUGUUUCUACUGCUACAGUUUUAACUUUCUGCUCUCUGUCAUCACACUUUCUCUAAUUGAAAAUGCACUUCUGUAGCCCUGUAAUAUUCCUGCAGGGACUCGGACCAUUCUCUCUCUCUCUCACACACACACACACACACUCGCACUAUGGAGUUGGACUGCGCUGUGGUUUUUCCAUCUCUCGGUGUUUACCUGGGAACAGAGCGUAUCCUCGCUCGGUUUAUUUCCCUUUGGUGCUUUUUCCCUGUUGGCAUUAAGCAGCUGACAGAAUAUAAAUAAAAAUAUAUAGACUACAUAUGCACACAGCACCGGGCUGUAAAUCCUGUUAGGACAAAUACAUGUCUCUGUGUAAAGUGAGACUGCAGUGAUAUCGCUGUGGUGUAGUAAGUAAUCUGUUUUAAUAUGAAAGCGACACCGUAACUGAACCGUUUUACGCGCAGAAGUAAAAACUUUAAUGGAGUCGUAAUAAAUGUUACUUUUUAAAGAAAUAGUGGUAAAUGGAAACAGCUCCAGCCCGGCAGACACUAAAUAAAUAUAAAAACUGUGUCCAUGCAGUGAGCAGUAUAGGAAACUAGUAAACCUAAAGCCUCUUUACCUCCACACAUUAUAGGCUGCUGAAGGCUCUGACACUUUGAUUGUAAUUAACCUGAACUAAAAGCUGCUCAGUGUUUCUAUCGCUAUGGACUGUGUGUGUGUGUGUGUGUGUGUGUAGGAUACAUAUGGAUACAAUUGUAUCGCACUUAAUGGUGUUAGGGUCAAGGGGCUAUCGCACUUUCUGUAAUUUGUGGCAUUAAUAUGUCUCUGUUAAUUCUCUGAUAUUCCUAAAGGACUUCAGCUGUGAUACAUCUGUCAUUAUAUGAUAUUAAAAUAUAA